AUGUUUGCUAAUCGGGAUGGACAUUGUGAAGAGGAUGCAUCAGAAAUAAAAAGAAUGAUAGUGUCUAUGGCAACAGAAUCUUCUUUGCUACACUCGCACUUUUACAAAUACUCACACUCAAAUAAAAUGCCUAAAGUCAAUUGUACACUUGCUCCCCAUCCAUCAAAAGAAAACGCAGAUCUGAUUGCUAGAUUAGAUGCAAUGCAGCAAAGCCUAAAGGAUAUGGAUUCCAAAAUUGGCUGCGUUGUCAAAGGCAAUGCUGAUGCUUUGGAAGUUCUGGAUACUCUUAUUGGAACUUCUGAUAAUGUUCUUGAGAUUGCUCCCGCCUCUGCUCCCUCCUCUGCUCCCUCCUCUGCUCCCACUGCCACUUCUACUGAUGUUAAUCAAGAAGUUUACAAUCGACUUUUUUCUCUUAUCCAAAGCCAAUUGAGGGAUCCAAAAUUCAGAUCAAAUGAUGCAGCUUUGAUUGCAGCAAAUGACAGCAAGUCCAGUUGGAAUACUAAAAUUCAUUUCAAUCGUUUCCCUAAUAAAAAACUGACACUUGCACUUAUGGCUUACCUGAAGCCAAAGCUUGCUGCGGAUGGGCUUAGGCCAUCCAAAAUCCGCAGUAGUAUUUAUACUAACUGUGGUGAUUCAGACACUCGGAUGUUGGAUUUAUCACAUAUAAGAACAUAUUCAUAUUGGGAUAGCGUAGUAGCUAUCAUCUUAAGAUGUUCUGCUGAACGAAAGUUGCUGUCAGCCCUUGAUGCAGGAAGAUCAAGGUCAAGAAGAGCAAGUCAAGCAACCACUAACUUUGACUGCCGUGAGCUGGCCUACAGCAUAUGCAAGGCUGACAUUGAUACGUUGAUGGGAAAGGAUCGCAAAGGGCUCAUCAACAAGGCACCAAUAUCUGAGGGUGAGUUGGAGGAUGAGAUACCUGGAGUUCUAGGCAAUCAUGUGAUCUGUACAGUGCGUCCAUCCUGGAGAAGCAAUGAGUACAAUCAGUUUCUGGGGUAUGUUGACGUAGCCGUGCUCAAAUGCUUGAACCUAAAUGUGCGCCAAAUGGCAAAGAAGACCUUUGGCAGAGAUGCUGAUUGA